AUGUACAUAAAUAGAUUAAUUAACAACAAAAUAGCAGUAUUAGAUUUGAAUUGUCUUUUUAUUUUAUUUUGUUUCGUUAUUUGUUUUAAUUCACUUAUUCUUUAAUUUUUCUACUUUGAAUUUCCAAUUUAUUUAUUUAUUUAUCAAUUUUUAUUUUUAUUCAUUUUUUCUUUAUCCUAAUUUCUUAAUAUUUUCAUUAUAAACUUAAAUUUUUUUCUAAAUAUAUUAAGGAGUAAUUAAAUUAGUUCAUAAGGUACAUCAAACUUAGGUUCUAGCUUAGCUCAGUGCAUCAAUCUUUCAACUUUGAUUUUAAACCUUAGGAGCAAUCAAAUUUGCUCAUAAAGUGCAUCAAGCUUGUUUUGUGGCUUAGCUUAGUGCAAUAAUCUGACAAAAUUGACACUAAAUUUACAAGGCAAUGAUAUUGGAACCUAGGGAGCAUAGAAUUUAGAUAGCUGCUUAGCUAAGUGUACUAAUUUUUCAAUUUUUACACUCAACCUCCGCGAUAAUUAAAUUAAUUAAGAGGUUGCAUAAAGCUUGGGUUCUGGUUUAGCUAAAUGCACUAAUCUCUCAACUUUGAUUCUUGAUCUUCGUUACAAUUACAUAGGUGAAGAUGGUGCCUCAAGCUUAGGUUAUGGAUUAGCUUAGUGUAUUAAUCUUUCGAAUUUGACACUUGACAUUAGCGGAUGGAAUUAAAGUGAUGAAUCUGAAGUAAAAUAAUUAAAAAUUAAUGUCCUUAAAACCAAUAAGUUAGUGAAAAAAAUGAUUGCUUACUGA